AUGGGUCAAGGAGCAUCGCACGAUACUCCGCAAUUGACACUAGAGCAGCUCUCACAAACCAUAGCCCAACGAUUCGCACAGAAAAGCUUCUCCCCUCUCGAGCUCUACUGCUUCAACUCCGUGUUCCGAUCCCUCGCUGAUACUGAAUCCGGUGUGAAAUACUGGAGUGAGAGCACACUAUGUCGGUUCCUCGAGCUACCAGAUGCGCUGAGCGUGGGCUCUGUCGUCUUUCAGAUGGCUAGUUAUCUUGGAGCAUUCCCACUCCCUAGUCAAGCGCCAGCUAUACUUACGCACGAGGCGCUGCUCAAGGUUGUCACUAUACUUACAGAGAGAUAUGGAGCUGUGCUCAAGAGGAGAGGGAAGGAGAUCUGGCUAAGAGAGCUCUACCGGAGUUUGGCCAUAUACGACAAGGGUAUACGCUCAAGUCUGGAAGAAAAGGAAAAAGAAGAGAUGGACCAUCAGCCGAAGCAACGGAAAGAGGGGAGCAGUAAUCUGGGGUUUGCCAUCGAUGCGCCUGAAGAGGGAGAAGCAGGGGAGGACGAGGAUGACGAUGAGUUGGUGCUGGCUGCGUUGGACUCUAUGGAUGCCAUCGAUGCGUUCAAACAUGGAGAACAAACGAACGUACAUCAUUCAAUCAUACCGACCGACAAUUUCCUCAAGCUGGUCGAACUGCUACUGCUCAUCGCGCCGAUCGAUGCGCAGCAAAGCGUCUCAUCACUGGCACCAGACCUUUCUGACAAAAGAGUAGCGGAGCUGCGGCAGGCCGCGAAUGUCAUACUGUCGUCUUUUGGCGUGGACAAUCAUCCCGGUGUCACGUAUCGCACAUUCAAUACUGUCGUCUCGACGUCCUUACCAUACCUGUUCAAUGGUCUCAACCCACUCUUCGAGCAUUUCCUCUUCGCGAAAGACUUUGACCUCUCCAAACGGAAGUCAGACCCUGGAUCUCCCUCCCAAGAGAGCAAGCCUGUAAUACCUCCACCAAAGGCAGAAUUAGAACCAGUGCUCCGAGAACCGGGUGAGAUCUUGAAUCUGACGACACUGAGCCAAUUGUCAUUCUUUAUCAAAGGCAGCGAUCUCUUCCGGCGAUUGCGGCCUCUAUACAGCGGUAACACACAUGGCUUCAGCAUGGGAUCCUUUGAAAAGCAAGUUUUCAAUUGGCGUGCGCCCACCAUCCUUCUCGUAAAAGGCCGUCUUCUCCCUGCAGCACCCUCCAGCACUCGCGAACGGGCACUGCAGGACAUGCUACCACCAAAACGCCUACCGGACAGCGUAACCUCCACAUCUCCUAAUCAAACCCUCAUCUACGGCGCCUACAUCUCUUCGCAAUGGAAACACACUGGCAAGACCUGUUUUGGCGACUCAGCGUUUCCAACGGGACGUAAUACUGUACGGUUGAAGCUAUCGUGA